AUGUUCGUUCGGAGCGACAUUCUAGGUUGGCUGACUGUGGUACUCGAUGCGAGAGUACUAUAUAGUGUUGUGACUUCCAAGGUCGGUCUUGGGCACACUGGUGAGAUGGUGAUAAUAGGUCCGCACGAACCUGACAACCUGUUUGCUGAAGACGUUGAUGGCCGGAGCGAAUCACAAAACGCUGAAGUGCCACUUCAAUUCGUCUUGCCACCAACCAGUAAUCGACAUCCACAACGAGCACAAAAUCCAUAUCUCCCAUUUCCUAUGGGCGACUAUCCAGCCAUACUAAAAGCCUGGUCCUCAAUCAAUGGCGAGAUCAAUAACGCAGGAUCGCUUAUGUCAACACACAACGAAGAGAACCGACAUAUUGCGGUAGGCUAUGCAAGAAUCCCCACUGAUGUUGUUGAUUGGGUUGUUGUGGUCGGUCAGGCUUACGGCGAGGCAAUGGCUCCCAUCAACAAGCUUCGUAACACAGUUCUGGCUUGUAUCUUUGGCGUCGUGGGUGGGAUAGCUAUCAUCUGCUUCCCUCUGGCACAUUUUGCUGUCAAGCCGAUUCGAGCGCUCAAGGCUGCAACAGAGAACUCUAUCCUCACUUACGAAUCAUAUGUGCCUUCGGAAAAGUCUGAUACCGAUACGGAAAACAGUGCCCUUGAAGGAGCGUUGUUGAAAGAGAAAGGUUUCGCAUCAGCAGUGCGCAGGAAGCCGUGCAAAACCAAAUCUCGCCCAAGGCAGAUACGGUCUUUCCAAAUCCCCCAGAAAGUGGCAACGAGAAAGCAUAUCGUAAAUGACGAACUGACUGAUCUCACUUCGACGUUCAACGAUAUGGCCGACGAAUUAUCCCUUCAAUAUAACAAGCUUGAAGAGCGAGUGAAAACAAGAACUGCCGAGCUUGAGCAAAGUCGAAAUGCUGCUCGAUCUGCAAAUGAGGCAAAGACACUAUUCAUCGCUAAUGUGUCGCACGAACUUCGAACCCCGUUAAAUGGUAUCAUCGGCAUGUGUGCGGUGGCUAUGCAGGAGAAGGACGUCAUGAGAAUAAGGCAGUCACUCAAGAUCAUCUACAAAUCUUCCGACCUGCUCCUGCACUUACUCAAUGAUCUGUUGACUUUUAGUCGCAGUUCGUACGGCCAACGACUCGCUAUCGAAGAAGGGACUUUUCGUCUGGUGGACGUUGGGACGCAGCUUAUUUCGAUCUUCGAAAAGCAGGCACGGGACGCUAAUGUCUCUCUCCGGCUUGUGUUUCUUGGUACAGAUUCGUCUCAACCCCGGAACCUUGACGACGAUGCCCCAGAAGACGCUAUCGUUGCGAGGCAAAAUCUAAGUGACAAUCUACCAAGAGUCAACACCAAUGUUCUUGCCAGGGGGCCUGCAGACACUGGGCCGCUUCGUGAGAUUGGACUUAAGGGUGACAAGAACAGGAUUCUUCAAAUUCUAAUGAACCUUGUCAGCAAUUCGCUCAAAUUCACCCCGCCCAAAGGGACGGUCGAGGUUCGGAUACGCUAUCGGAAGUUGGUACACGCAAGUACCCUGCCCGAAGUUUCAUACUCAAACCGUCCUACCGCUACUGGCGAGCCGCGUAAGAUGCAAGAUGCUGCUGCAAACGAUACGGCAUCAAAUGAUUCAUCACAGAUAGGCCUAGUGUUCGAUUUUGAGGUCGAAGACACGGGUCCAGGUAUUCCCGAGCAUUUACAGCAAGAGAUUUUCAAGCCCUUCGUUCAAGGAGAUCUUGCUCUGAGUCGAAAACAUGGUGGAACUGGACUUGGACUCGCAAUAUGUUCUCAAUUGGCGGAGAUGAUGGGCGGGUCCAUUGUCGUGAAAAGUACCGUUGAUAUUGGCAGCACAUUUACACUAUCCUUACCAUUGAGAUACACGAAAGAGUCUGUCCCAUCGAUAUCCGGCUCGCUUGCUCGACCACCUUCGACAAAAGCCGCCAGUGUAACGAGCAGUGUACAGUUCGACACUUUUAGCAACCGACCACGGGCGGCUCGCGAUGUACGCUCAACGCGAUCGGCAAAAGGUUCUGUUUAUUCUCAGGAUCGAGAUUCACAGCUUGACGCACCAAGACUCGUUGGAUUUUCACAACCGUACCUCGUAGACGAGGGCCAAACAGGUGAAGCAACAGAUGAGGCCCUAGACUUGAUGGAAAAGCGUCACUAUGAGUACAAAAGAAGCAACGGUGUACCCCUGGCAACAAUCCAAUCUGUCGCGACCCCAUUCGAGAAGAUGGAUGCGCCUGACUUUGGGAUAUCUACACCUCCACCAGAAAGUCCGAAAGAAAACAAAACUGCUCGCCCAAGUCCUCGGCCCGUCGUGUCCCCCAGGCCAAGUUAUUCGAGUGUACUUGUUGCCGAAGAUAAUAGCGUCAACCAGCAGGUGAUUCUCCGAUUGCUAGAGCUGGAAAAGGUCAAUAAUGUAACGAUUGCCGAAAAUGGAGAAGAGGCUUUCAACAAGGUUCGUGAUAGCACCUCACAAACGUCGGUUGAGGGAACCGGGACGCCACCGUUCUCUUUGAUUUUCAUGGACAUUCAAAUGCCUAAGAUGGAUGGCAUCGAAUCUACCCGCAAGAUUCGAGAGCUCGGCUUCAAAGCACCGAUUAUAGCACUGACGGCUUUUGACCACGAAACUAAUCGUAAUGCCUGCUAUGAAGCAGGGAUGAAUGAAUUUCUUCCCAAGCCCAUCAGGAGAACUGCACUGAAGAAAAUCCUUGAGCAAUUUCGACCGUCUGCGACAGAAGACAAAGCCCCGCCCUAG